AUGGCCAGUACCAAAAUCGAUCACAAUCACACCAUUACACCAACAAGUGAUCAUACCCACACCAUCAUCUUCCUCCACGGCCGUGAUAGUAAAGCGGAGGAGUUUGCCUCUGAAUUAUUUGAGAGUCAAGUUUCAGACGGCCGCACAUUCGCAGAAAUACUUCCCAGCUUUAAAUGGGUAUUUCCUUCAUCGAAAAUGAGAUUGUCUGCUCGGUUCGGAAUUGAAAUGUCUCAAUGGUUCGAUAUGUGGUCUGUCGAAGAACCACAACAACGCAAGGAACUACAGAUCAAUGGUCUUAUUGAGAGUAUCGAACAGAUUGUUAAUGUCAUCAAAAACGAAGCUGGUCAUAUUCCUAAGGAGUGCAUCUUUUUAGCGGGAAUCAGUCAAGGUUGUGUCACGGCCUUUCUUACCCUUCUCUUAAACCCUAUGCGCUUAGCAGGAUUCAUAGGCUUGUCAAGCUGGCUAGCAUUUGAGGAAGAAAUCAUGUCUCUUGCAACAAGCUUGAAAGCGGGAGAUGAGGAGGGCAUGAGAUCGUUUAAAGCAAUUCAAAUGAAGUUGUCCCCGGACGCUACGUUGAAUAGGGAGAUUACACCAAUACGUUCCACACCGGUGUUUUUGUCUCAUUCAAAGAAUGAUGACGUGGUUCCUGAAUCUAAUGGAAAGACGCUGCGGGCAUAUUUCUGUUGUCUUAUCUCAUCGUACAAUGAAGUCUUAUUCGGGUUUUGGGCAUUCGAGAAACAUACUUUCAAUCUGAGAGGAUGGGAAAGAGCCAGAGUCCAGAUUUUGUGCUCUUUCUACUCGCACUUACAUAAUAUUAUUCAUUCAUAUACAAAUAUCCACCGUAUCAUGGAGGACCACAUAGUUGCUCCCACCAUUCCUCACACGCAUACCGUGGUCUUCCUACACGAUCGCCACAAGCUAGCUAUAGAUUGCGCUGCACUUCUCCUUGAAGCUCGAGUUGAGAAUGGACUUACAUUAUCGCAACUAUUCCCUUCUAUCAAAUGGGUAUUUCCACAGGCGGCGGAUCGGUAUUCGGAACGUUUUGACUGCGAUUUAUCUCAGUGGUUUGAUAUAUGGAGUAUAAAAUCUCCACAUGAUAUGGAAGAGAUUCAGGAAGAAGGAUUGAAUGAAAGUUUUGAACGGAUAUUGGGAGUUAUAGAUAGAGAGGUGAAACUUGUAGAUUCGUAUCAACAUGUCAUUCUUGGUGGGCAUGGUAUGGGAUGCGCUGUUGGAAUAUUAGCUUUGUUUCAAGGACUCCAUAAACUAGGAGGUUUCAUGGGAAUAUCCGGCUGGCUUCCAUUUUGUAGGGAUCUCAUGUCACUAUGUCCAAUACCCAGUCAGUGGAAGGCAACUGCAUUGAGUAAUUUCAAGCAGCGCUUCUAUUAUACGAGGUGUGAGGAUGGCGAUGGUUCGAUGAUAUUCGAUGGAUGGCAGAUACCAAUUAUAUUGGUGCAUGCUAUGGAUGAUGAUGUGGUUCCGCUCGCCAUCGGACGUCAGAUGCGUCAGACUCUCUCGGGGAUUUUUAGAAGGUCGGAUUUUCCUACGAUGGAUAUCCAGAUGCAUGUUCAUCCCAACGGGGGACAUUUGUUUAAUGGGUCAAUGGGAGUUGUAAGUCUUUGGAGGUUUAUUAAACGGGUUACGGGGGUUGGAGAAGAGUCGAAGGAGGGGGAAAGUGGGGAGGGGAAAAACGACGGGGAAAAUAAUGAGGGGGAUAAUAAGAAUAAGGGGAACAAGAACGAGCACAACGAGAAUGGGGAAAAUAAAGAUGAAGACAAAAAAUCCGAGGAAAAUAAAGAGAAGUAG